AUGGCUGCAUCACCGGCGGGGUCGGGGGUGAGCGCCGGCCUGGACGAGAGCCCCACGGGUAAGAGGUGGUGGGACCCCCUGAGGUGUUCCCAUCCAUGUCCCUGGGUUGGACCAGCAGAGAUGGGAGCCACCCCAUCACCAGGAUGCUGGGGAGCAGCAGGGAGACAGGAGGGACAGGGACAUUGGGGUGUCCUGAGUCAUCCUGAAUGCGGUGGCUCCUCUCCUGCAGGGCUGAGCCCGGCCCCUGGCAAGGCGCUGAGCCCCGUGCUGCUGUGCAAGGUGUGCGGUGACACCAGCAGUGGGAAGCACUAUGGCAUCUACGCCUGCAACGGCUGCAGCGGCUUCUUCAAGCGCAGCGUCCGCAGGAAGCUCAUCUACAGGUGCCAGGCGGGGACAGGGCUGUGCCCGGUGGACAAGGCGCACCGCAACCAGUGCCAGGCCUGCCGGCUCAAGAAGUGCCUGCAAGCCGGCAUGAACAAGGACGCUGUGCAGAACGAGCGCCAGCCCCGCAGCACGGCCCAGGUCCGGCUGGACAGCAUCGAGCUGGAUGCUGAGCUGCCCCCUGAGCACGUGGCCACCACCCGUGAGGUGCCGCCGAGCCCCUGCCCGGCUCCUCGCGGCCCCAGUGCCACCGCCGCUGUCACCCCUGGUCCCCAGGCAUCCACCCCGCCCACCAACCAUCGCUUCAUGGCCAGCCUGAUGACGGCCGAGACCUGCGCCAAGCUGGAGCCCGAGGACGCCGAUGAGACGGUGGAUGUGACGGGCAGCGAGCCGGAGCGGACAGCGAGCGAGUACCAGGUGGCACCGUACCCAGCGGCCAGCCCUGAAAACGUCUAUGAGACCUCUGCACGUCUCCUCUUCAUGGCGGUGAAAUGGGCCAAAAACCUGCCUGUCUUCUCCAACUUGCCCUUCCGCGACCAGGUGAUCCUGUUGGAGGAAGCGUGGAGUGAGCUGUUCCUGCUCUGUGCCAUCCAGUGGUCCAUGCCUCUGGAGAGCUGCCCGCUGCUGGCUGUUCCUGAGCCGGGCCCUGGGAAGCUGCUGCCAGCUGCCUUGGAUGUCCGGGCACUGCAGGAGACCCUUGCCCGCUUCAAGGCACUGGCUGUUGACCCCACCGAAUUCGCCUGCAUGAAGGCCGUGGUGCUCUUCAAACCAGGUGAGGGAUCCACCAGCACCCACCACUGCCCUGCCCUGUGCCCCCAAACCACCCCUCACACCCUGGCCCCUGCAGAGACCCGUGGCCUGAAGGACCCUGAACAGGUGGAGAACCUGCAGGACCAGUCACAGGUGAUGCUGGGCCAGCACAACCGCUCUCACUACCCUGGGCAACCUGUCAGGUUCGGGAAGCUGCUGCUGCUCCUCCCAGCGCUGCGCUUCAUCUCCUCCGAGCACGUGGAGCUGCUCUUCUUCCGCCGCACCAUCGGCAACACCCCCAUGGAGAAGCUGCUGUGUGACAUGUUCAAGAACUGACCUCCCCCGGCCCGAUGUCGCCUGCCAUUGACACCCUGUCACCUCCACCCUGGGUCUCCUCGCCCCGGGGUGCUGCAGGGUGUGAAGGUGCCUG